AUGGCAGCAUAUCACAUGCAUGGAGAUGCACUUAUCUGGUACAAAGGGGCUUGGGACAGUGGGCAGUUCACCAACUGGGAGACCUUCACUUGCAUUCUUCAAAUCAGGUUCGGUCCCACUACAUAUGAUGACCCAAUGGAAGCUUUAACAAGGCUCAAACAGACCUCCACAGUGUCAGUUUACCAGACUCAAUUUGAAGCAUUAGUUAACAGAAUCAAUGGCCUAUCCGAUGCACACAAAUUAAGCUGUUUCAUUAGCGGGUUGAAGGAUGACGUUCGGUUGCUUUUAAAAAUGUUUAACCCUACCAGUUUAAUUGGAGCGUUUGGUUUGGCAAAAAUACAAGAGGAGUAUCUUAUUAGUGCUCGGAAAGGGAUGAGACCAGGAGGGGAUAGGAGUAUAUUUCCUACAGCUACUAAAACAUCAUAUGGGGAUCAAUCCACUGAAGGUAGUAGUAAGUGGACUAAACCUUUCCAGCCUACACGAAGGAUUUUUUCGACGGAAUGGGAUGAAAAACGAAAGAAGGGCCUAUGCUAUCAUUGUGAUGAGAAGUGGCAUUCCAACCAUGUGUGUAAGAAAACCAAGAUUUAUCUGUUACAAGGGUGUGAGACCCUAGAGGAAGAUCAGCCUGAAAGGGAUGAUGAAGGGAGAAAGUUGGAAGAAAACAGUGUGCUGGUUACUCAUGUCGAAGGGAAUCCUGAGAUUUCACUUAAUGCUAUUGCGGGUACUCCUAGCCCAAGUAUGAUGAGGGUUAAAGGAACGGUGAGUGGAGAACCAGUUGUAGUCCUAGUGGACUCGGGCAGCUCUCACAGUUUCUUAGACGCAACGAUUGCAAAAAGGGCAAAAUUGAAUAUCAACCAAUCUACUAAGUUGGCGGUGAGGGUGGCCAAUGGAGCCAUUAUUCACAGUGAAGGCCAUUGUGAUGUGGUACCCCUCAAAAUGCAAGGUACUCAGUUCUGUCCAUCUCUUUACAUUUUGGAAUUGGGUGGUUGUGACAUUGUAUUGGGGGUAAAUUGGUUGGUAACUCUUGGUCCUAUUGUAUGGGAUUUUUCAAAAUUAUCAAUGCAAUUUGCCAAUGGUGAGCAUAUGGUGGAGUUGAGAGGAUUGGAACCCAAACCAAUCUCUCUUGAGGGUAGUAGUAAAGCAAUGUUGUCCUCGAUGUCCAAGGGGAGAGGUUUUUUGUUACAAAUCCAAAUGGAGUCAAAGGUGGAUAGUGUGGUGGUGCAGAAUAAUGAAGUUAGUGAGCUGUUGACACAUUUCCAGGGGGUAUUUGAGGAACCUAACGGGCUUCCCCCGAUAAGGGACCAUGACCAUAAAAUUGUGUUGAAAGAGGGUACCCCUCCUAUCUCAAAUAGACCCUAUCGAUACCCAUAUUAUCAAAAAACCGAGAUAGAGAAAAUAGUAGCAGAGUUACUGAAAACAGGGGUUAUUAGACCCAGUUUCAGCCCCUUUUCCUCACCUGUAUUGCUGGUACGUAAGGCUGAUGGUAGUUGGUGCAUGUGUGUCGAUUACCGCGCACUAAAUCAACACACAAUUAAAGAUAAAUUUCCCAUUCCAGUGAUAGAUGAGCUACUGGAUGAGUUGGGGGGAGCGAGGGUAUUUUCAAAAUUGGAUCUCAGGUCAGGAUAUCAUCAAAUUCGGGUGGUACCCGAAGACAUUGAAAAACUGCUUUUAGAACUCACGAAGGGCACUAUGAGUUCUUGGUAA